AUCAUUGUGUCGGUGUAUGCCGAACGGUGACCACGUUCUAAUAUCGAAGCGAAAGUGAUCCAUAUAAUGUUAGUUUUUCCGCAAUGGAGACCGGAUGUGGCCGGGGAGGGGUGCAGGGUGCAACGGUGGAUGCCCGCGGACCGUUUCGCGCCCUACAUUGCUAGACCAGUGAUGUUACCUGCAGUACAAACACAGAUUGACGAGGAGUCGUCGUCAGGAGGGUCGUCGCCAGAGCGCGAGCCACUCGAGGUUGCGUGCGGCUGGCGCGGCUGCGGCGCGCACUUCGGCAGCGUCGCGCGGCUGUCCGCGCACGUCGCGCGCGCACACGCACUUGCUCACAGGGAUGGCCUCUUUUAUUGCGGUUGGCGCGACUGCACCAGGCCUCAGAGAGGAUUUAAUGCACGGUACAAGAUGCUCGUGCACAUAAGGACGCACACGAACGAGCGACCGCACACGUGCAACCAGUGCAGCAAGAGUUUCUCCAGGGCAGAGAACCUUAAGAUCCAUCUAAGAUCACACUCGGGUGAAAAGCCCUACGUCUGCCCUUAUGAGGGUUGCGGCAAGGCAUACUCAAACUCAAGCGACCGCUUCAAACACACGCGUACCCACACGGUAGACAAGCCAUACUGCUGCAAGGUUCCCGGCUGCAACAAGAGAUACACGGACCCCUCCAGCCUCAGGAAACACGUCAAAACCUACAAACACUUCACGUCCAAACACACGCCAGAAACGCACAGCCCCGAGGCCGAGGCCAGCUCGCCGGCAAAGGAAAACAGCUUCUCUUACAACAACAUACAGUCCACAUCACCAAUGCGUAUCCAGUACUCUCCACCAAGAAAUACCUCACCUACGAUACCACCUUACAAUCCUAUACUACCCAUGAGCGAUACGAUACCGACCGCGCCGUACCCGCCCAUUUUGGAGCCAGUCUACACAAGACCACUGGAAACUAUGUACCCGUUGAGAUUGCCUAUUAACGAAAUGUCGUAUUUAGAGUACACGCAGAUGUAUGAGCACGCCUACAGAAGCUAUUACUGCAACGGCGCCAGCUGUCCAGUACUAAGACCUGCAAUCGGGGAAAAAAUAUACACGUACGAGGAACCCCGAAUCGAAGCUUUUCCAGAAGUCAUGGAGCUUGCGGAAGUGAAGCCAGUGUCGGAUAUGCCGUUAAACUUAAAAUGCACCAAACGGGAGAGCAACCCCUUUGACAAAAAAGCCCCUCGCCUAGACUUGCCGUUAGAUUUAAGCAACAAAAGAUAGUAUUGGCAGUAUUAAAUAAAUUAUUUUUAUAUAGUAA